GUUGGCCAACCGGAAGUCAAACUCCUGCUUCCGCAUUGAGAAACUCCCACGUGUUUCGUCGGUGGUUUGUUGCUGUUUAGCCAGCUAGCUAAAAGCUAACUUAUUCCGAUUUUUUUGUUCUUUAUGCCAUCCUUUAUAUCAGUAAGAUGAGUCCUCUGUGUGACUGCUGCGGCGAGCACGUUAAUAAACUGAAUCAGCAGAUUUCCGUAAUGAGGAAAGAAAUGAAGAACUUGAGGCAGAUGUUGGACAGUGCGGUUAGAGGUCAUCGCAAACAUAUGUCAUCCAUUCAGUCUGCUGUGUCAAAGGUUGGACUCUGUGAACCCGAUAAAGACCGGAAACCACCACUGUCUUCACCACAGGCUGCAUUAGAGCGAGGAAACAUCCAGACAGUCCCGAUUGGUUACAUCACUUCCUGUUUCUCUGUGAAGAAUGGGACACCCAGACAGCCGACCAUUUGUGGCCCCUCAAGGGCCGAACUGCGCAUCCGGCAGAGUGUCUUCAAUAACCCCGAGCACGCUCUGGUGGGUCUGGAGCAAUACUCCCAUGUCUGGAUCAUCUUUCUCUUUCACAAAAAUGGGCACUUUAGUUGCAAAGCCAAAGUGAAACCUCCUAGACUCAAUGGUCAGAGAGUUGGUGUGUACUCAACACGCAGUCCCCACCGACCAAAUGCCUUGGGCCUAACGCUAGCUAGACUUGAUAAAAUCGACGGUGAUACAAUACAUCUGUCAAACAUUGACAUGAUUGCUGGAACCCCAGUCCUGGACAUCAAACCCUACAUCCCAGAGUACGACAACCCCCACUCCAGGAUGAGCUCAGAUGAGACAACAGAUAUAGUAAACCCCCAAAAAGACUCUUAUGACCAGUCAGGCCUAAAAAGGGAAAGAAGUGGUGAUGAUGAUGACAACUUUCUCUCAAGAGACAAAUCUGAGGCUGAUACUCCAGUCACAGAUUCAUCUCAGUCAGUCAGUGCUCAGUUUUCACUCCACAAAGACCUACAUGAUGUGCUGGAGGAGGUCAAGGCCUAUGUGACCCAAAGGGACCUUUGCCAGCUGAGUUGUGCAGGAGAGGAUCAAGUUUCAGUCUCUCCCAAAACCAAACCACCAGAUGCGACUGUGGACCGCCCUUGCUACGGAGAGGAGGCCUACAGUGCCAUUGCCGGCUGGAUCAGAGAGCCUCCUGUUAGCAGUUUGGAGGUGCGCUUCACUCCUCAGGCUGAGAGGGAGUUAGCAGACUUCCUUCCCUCACACCUGUCAGGGCCCUCUGAAAGCAACAGACCCAGGUUCAAGUUUCUUCGCAGUCAUGAAGAGGCUGCUGCCGCCAUCAGAGGGGUGCUGUCAGCAGACCCACGGUCGGUCUACAGGAGGACACGCUGCAGAGACAGACUCUUCUUCUUCACUCUGGACACGGCUGACAUCACUUGCUGGUUUGGACAAGGUUUUGCUGAGGUACUGCAGGUCCGACCCGUUGAGCAACACAUUGCUUCAAUGUGAGAACCCCUUUCUGGGAAAGCUUCAGAGCUGGAAAGACUCAGUUUUCAUGUUUGUUGAGAAACAAAAUCGGAGCCUGUCAAAUGUGCCUCAUCUCGACAUUUCCAGGUAAUUUAUAUAUUUAAGUGGUAAAAUCCUUAAGACCUUCUAAAAUCAGAAACAUGAAAGCCAAUGUGCAUUCAAUUUUGUAUUAGUAGAUAAAAUAAAAAA